GAAGAGAAGUCUCGGGUUGGCAGUUGUUGGUGCCCCGCCAUGCAACAUGAGUAACGACAGUAACGGAGGUGGGGGGCUUCAGCCCCUCUGGAACUUCAAUGGGUCAUCAGUCAACCAAUCAGCUGACCUGCUCUCCAACACCUCGUGCAACUUGUCCACCAAUGAUUCAACGUUCUGCUCUCCCGUGGACGAUGGAGUCGGGGCAGGGAGUCCAUAUAAAGCUCUGGAGAUGUUUUUUAUUGCCUUAGUUACAGGAUCUCUAAGCUUUGUGACUGUCACAGGAAAUAUUUUAGUCAUGCUGUCCAUCAAAGUAAAUCGCCACCUACAAACUGUCAAUAACUAUUUCUUAUUUUCAUUAGCAUGCGCUGACUUGAUCAUUGGUGUUUUCAGCAUGAAUUUGUACACAGUGUACAUUAUUGUUGGCUACUGGCCUCUUGGCCCGGUGGUCUGUGACCUGUGGCUAGCGUUAGAUUAUGUUGUCUCAAACGCCUCAGUGAUGAAUUUGUUAAUCAUCAGUUUCGAUCGCUAUUUUUGCGUAACCAAACCCCUAACGUAUCCGACAAGGAGGACAACUAAGAUGGCAGGGUUAAUGAUCGCAGCAGCAUGGAUCCUGUCGUUCAUCUUGUGGGCUCCUGCCAUCUUGUUCUGGCAGUUCAUCGUUGGAGAGCGAACAGUGCCACCUGGAGAGUGUUAUAUUCAGUUCCUUUCUAACCCUGCGGUGACGUUUGGGACGGCUAUAGCAGCAUUCUAUCUUCCUGUCAUUAUUAUGACAGUCCUUUACAUCCACAUCUCCCUGGCCUCCAGGAGCAGGGUCUCCAAACACAAACCAGAGAAGAAAGAGAAGAAGGGAAUAAAAACUCCCAGCUUACUGAACAGUCAGCUGUUAAAGCAGAACAAUAACAAUGAGACCAGUCCUCAGGCCAGCCCCCGCUCUACUCCCAAACUCAGUGUGGACUCAACUACCACCGCUCUAGAGGCUGUGAAGAAUGGCAGAGUGGAGGAACCAAAACCAGUUCAGCCACAGGCUCCAGCACAGCCCAGUCCAGGACUCACACAGGAGGAAAAAGAGAGCUCCAACGAUUCAUCCACAGCGUUUAUUCACCCUACAGAACCAAAGGACAAUACCAACAACAAGGGGACAUCUGAGGCUGCAACAACUCCCAACCCCGUUGCCACGAUGACCGCCAAUCCAGCUGAGCCCAAGAUCAGCUCGAGGUGGUCCAAGAUAAAAAUUGUAACGAAGCAGGCCGGGGAUGAAUGCAUCACAGCUAUAGAGAUCGUCCCACCUGUAGAGGGAGCAGAAAGGCAUUCAAUCCCAAUCAGCCGUCCUCGGACUGUGGCAAGAAAGUUUGCAAGCAUUGCCAGAAGCCAAGUGAAGAGGAAAAGACAGAUGGCUGCCAGAGAAAAGAAAGUGACCAAGACUAUCUUUGCCAUCCUCCUGGCUUUCAUCAUCACAUGGACGCCGUAUAACGUCAUGGUGUUGAUCUCAACCUUCUGUCAGUCCUGUGUCCCUGACACCGUGUGGGCUAUUGGCUACUGGCUGUGUUACGUCAACUCUACUAUUAACCCAGCUUGUUACGCACUGUGCAAUGCCACGUUCAAAAAGACAUUCAAAAACCUGCUGCUGUGCCAGUAUAAAAACAUAGGUACAAGAUGAGAUGGAAGGAGAAGACUGAGGGAGGGAUGGAGGGGGAAGGGGUAAACCAUUGCAAGAAGGGGUACAGAGCAAGGCAGAGAGUAAAUAUUGUUGAAAGGUGAGUGAGAGAUGGCUGAAGGAACUAGAGAACACAAAUGGAUAAAGGGUUCUUUCUAAAAAGAAGACACAUCUGCGUGGGGUGAGCAAAUAUGGUUUAUUUUGCAAAUGAAUCCCUUUUGUUCAAAAGCAAAAUGUGAGCGUAAACAAGGGAUUCUUUAACCUGCCCAGCUUCCCUAAGACGGAACAAAUCACACCCCAAGUGGAGACAUGGUUUCACAGACAUUGGGAAAUAUCUGUAAUGGUGCAACAGGGAUUGAUGCGAGUAGAGAAGUGAGUGGUAAAUGUAGAGGGUGGAGAAAAAUGAAGGGAAAACAACAGAUGAAUGGAGGUAUGGACUGAUACACUGAGGGACAAUACUACAGCAUGCAUGGCUGAGGAAGUGGUCCUGCUGGUUAAUUGGAUGCAUGGAUGGAUGGAUGUGAGGGGAUAUGCUGAAGGGUAAAUUAAUGGAAGCUUGGAAGAGAUGUUCAAAAUCGUGUUUUCUUAUGAAGAGGAUAUGACGGAGAAAAAUAAGUGAAUAACAGGAGGGCUGGAUAAUUAUGUUUUUAUUGUCACCCAACAAAUUUUAAGGGAAGGAUGAAAGUGUUUUUGUCUGUAGUGUAUGGAUCUGACCUGCAUUCUGAUUGGCAAAAAGGUGUGGAUUUUCUUAUUACUGCUCUAUGCAGGUGGAAGACUACUGGUUCCAGAUGUUACUAGGGAUAAUUUCUAUCUACUAAAUGACUGGUUAGUAAAAUGAUUCUUCAGAGGUUGACAAAUGUAGUAGCAACAAAAUACAAUCAUUAGAUCUAAAAAAAGACCACAUGGCGGAUUGCUUCCUUACAAUCCAAGAUCACAAAAUAUCUGUGGGCACACUAAUAAUUCUCUUGCAUCAUUUAAUGUAAUAGCAUUAGCUGAGAAAGCAUUGAAAAGCCAGACACUUAGAUUUGAGCAUCUUUGCCAUCCUGCUGGUUUUCAUCACCUCAUGCUAUAACGUGAUCGUGUUGGUCUCAGUCUUCGGCCAGUCUUGUGUCCCUGACACUGUGUGGGCUACUGGCUAUGUCAUGUCACUUCUACUUUCAACCCAGCCUGUUACACGCUGUACAAAGCCACAUUCAAAAAAUACAUUCAAGAGCCUGCUCCUUCUCCAGUAUAAAAAUAUAGAUACAACAUGAGAUGGAAGGAGACAGGGGAGAGUAGAGAGGAAAUAUUGCUGAAGAGGGCUGAAGGAGCUAGAGAGGCAACCGUUAUUUAUUUAGCAUUUUAUUGAAUACCAGUCAUCCCUACUGGGAGACAAUAAAACAUGAGUGUAAACUAGGGAUUUCUUAAAGUCUUUCUGUCACAUAAUAAUAGAUGUGUUUCCAAUAUACAAUACAGGACUUCUGAAAUUGCUUCACCACCCGUUAAAAACUACGUCACAAUGGCCGUGCUGAAAGCCGUAAUCAACAGCUAAUUACAGAGACAUGCAACUGAGCCAGCUACAGCUGAGGAUGUGCACACUCUGUUAGAGCUCAGCCUUCCUCCAUGUUUCAGAGGAAAUGCAUAAAGAAUUACAAGGUAGCAUAAAUCAUGCGAGGGAACACGAAAGUAGUUCUGAAAUCAAGUCCCCACUUGAUAAAGUUCAGUACAAAUAUAUUUUACUUAUAUAGCACUAAUUUAUCUCGUUGCACUUUUCAUGUAGAGCAGGUCUACACCAUAGUCUUUGUAAAGACUUUGCCACAGUGGCAAGGAAGAACUUCCUUUUAGCAGGUAGAACCUAGGCUCAGGGUGGGCGGCUAUCUACCUCGAACGGUUGGGUUGAGAGACAGAGUGGGAGAGAGAGAGAGAGCAGGAGGGAAGAUAACACACAGUAGCACAAUGCAAGUUACACAAAGAGAUGCCAAAUAAUAUUGAUAAUAAUACAAAUAAUGAAUGAUAAUAGGACUAAUACAUUAAUGUAGGGAAACCUUGGUCUUGGGGAAAGUAUAACUUGUGGUAAUGUUUUUGAAAUUAUAUCUGGUUUUAUUAUUUUUUAAAUCUGAUUCUGACUGAUACCCCAAAUUAUAGCAUCAUAGGCACCGUAAAGGAUAAAAUAUGAGGCCAGAUUGAUCAAGAAAAGAUAUACGUAUGAAUGAGAGUAACAAACUUUGAUAUGGUGGAGGACAGAGGAGAUGGUAGCAGCAGAACGAGGGAAAAUAUAUUAAGUAGCAUACCACCACACAAUGUGGACGCCGUGUUGGAGGGUUUUAGUCCAUGAGCAACAAUAACAGCGAAUCCUAAAUAAGCUAAUUGUGCUUUUAAAUAUACAACUUUAGAAGCUCAAUAACUGUAUAUGGAAAUGAUUUUCUUUAUAACAGCAUGUCAUCAGCUUGAUUUAAGGUCGCUCCAGUUCAUAAAAACAACAAGCCACCAUCACUGAACUGCUUCAAAACCUUACUUUCAGUCGCCUACAGUUUUGUAAGCUAAAAGCUGUUUGUUUAGUUUUAAUUGUUAAAUGUACAUUACCAUAUUUAAAACACGAUUAAAGGCAUAGCCCCACUAGCAGUUGCAAUGUUCAUUACACCCCCAAUAUGAAAGUUUUAAACAGUUGAAACAACGUAGUGGUGAUACCUAUUCUUAGAGCCUUACCAUUAGUAGAACUAAAAGGGUCUGUACUGAGACACUAGAAGAAAAACAUUGAUUAUAUCGGAAGCAUUGUUGUGAUGAGCAAAAUGCAUGGGAAUUUAUUUUUUUUAAAGUCACUUCAAUCACACGAUAUGGAUAAUGUUAUGAUCUUUAUGAUCGAAUGGAAUUUGCUCUGUUUUUCAUCUUGUGACCUGAGUAUGGAGAUGUUGAAUGAUAUUUAUGAAUGAAUGCUCAAAUUCAAUUUCACGCCCAGAUAGUGGAAUUAAAAGUCUGCAUAAUUAUGCCGUUGCCUCUGAUGACCAUGACUUUAUACAUAUAAUUUACUUGGAGAGAAAUUAGUUGGCAGCUUGGCUUAAGAGUAAUUCAUUGCAGAACUUGUAUUGCUGGCCUUUUUUUCCACCGUGGCUGGUCGUUAAUUGGUGAAGCAUGCUGCUGCCAGUGUUGGCGUUCUCUCUAUUUGGGUCUGUUCAGGUCCUCCAUAUUUUGGAUUGGUCAGAUUCUGUUGGCUUGUCCAGUUUAGGUCCAAAAUAUACCUCUACUGUUAUAGAGUUAUAAAUGUUUUUUAUUUGAUAACACCUUACAAUACAGUACACAAAAUUGUGAGAUACCAUAUUAAUGCAACCCUGAAUCAACAUUCUGACUACUGUCUUUGUAAGUCUUCCUGAUUAACCCUGACUCAGCUGCUGAGCCGCACAAAACUAUUAACGACUAAUUACUUAAUCAAGAGUUACUAACUAGGAUACACCAUAUUGAGUAGUUACUUAGUGAUCCCUCACUAGUAAAAACUGCUCGGUUAGCCCAGUGAUACUGCUGUCUUUCUGAUAUUUCACAAGAAUCAUCACAAUUGGAGUUUAGUCCAACAUUGUGGGGAAUAAUGACAGCUAGUUAGUUAAUCAAUAAUUUGUGUAAAUUAUGAGGGAAUGUCAGGGGAAAGGGUUUAGGUAUUUUGUGCACAACAAGAAUUUGUACUAGGCUCAAAUCAAAUGCAGCUAAAGCGUCUGAGAAAUGAAACGUCUACUAGUCAGCCAAAGUGCUACAAAAUCCUCCAUGACUCAGCAGGACUUGGGCUGGGUUUCUGUCUGCUUAUAAUGUGACUGCGUCAGCAGCUUAGCAUGGCUCAGGAGCUUGUCAUGACCUAGUCAAGCACCUAUUGCUCACACUGAAGAGAAAAAAGGGUGCAAAAAGAAAAUCGUGACAUCCUGUUCAUCCACCCUGGGACUGAGGAGGAGUGACAGAGAGCUUAGGCUGCUUUCUUCUUAUAUAGAACUUAACAAAGUCCUCAGUGAGUGUGUGCAUGCUAUACAAUACAGUAGUGGACUUGUAAGUAUGACUUGGCCUAGUUGAUUGUCAUUUUUCUCUUCAUUCACCCACUCUGGAUAACAAUACUGCGUGUGCAGUAUUGCUGGAAACUGCUGAUGUCAAGUAACCAGUAAUCCAUUAGAGUCCUUGAAGUGUUGUCUGACAAAUUCAACGCCGGCUUCUGUUGACUAAAGCUCGACUAAAGGCCUGAUCGAUGUAGGGCUGUAGCACUCAAGGCGAGUCUUGAAAAUGUCUAAGAGUUUCUUUUAAAGGUUAGGCCUUGGAGUUAUCUAAGUUUUGGCCUCCGCUCUCACUUAUUUUACUCCACUUGUUUGUUCUUUUUGCGUUUUGCUUUUUUCCUUUGCUGCCCAGUGUGGCUUGUUGCUCUUGUAGCAGACCAGUGAGGCUGCUCUGCUGUUACACAGAUAUUAGUUCCCCAUGGAGACACAAAAUUAUUUAAUCAUGUGCACAGUAGAUUGUGAGCACAGUCCGAAACAAAGUUUAAAAACGGUUGCCCUUCAUUGUCAGUGGUUGUUCUCAGUGAGAGACGCUGAAGACUGCAGGGACAUUUGAAGAGCUUUUGGUAUUUCAUUCUGUUCUCCCUCCUGCAGUGUGGCUUCUUUAAUCAUUAUCCCUGAUUAUCUCAUUUUCACUCUCAAGUUUUUGCUUUGCAAAUUAUGCAACAUUUUUAUGGAGCACCUUAGAGGAUAAAUCGGUAAUUACACUGGAAUAUGUACCAUUUAAACGUCAUGGCAGAUAAUCAAAAUUCCCCAAAAUGAUUUUAAAAACCAAUGGACAUUUACAGAUUAUACAAUUCCCACUUAGGUAGUGUAGCUCCAAGAUUGAAAUUUGUCUUGGGGAUAUUGUCAGGCCCUGAGUUUUGACAUCUUAGAUAUUGGAGACUACGAUAAAGAAAAAUGACGGUUCUAUGAGCAAAUCUUUUUAUUGGCUAUUCAGACUGAGAUUUCCUUGUAUUUGUUGGUUUUCCAUAAAUGCCUGCUCACAUUUUUCCUCUUCUGUAUGACCUCAAUUUUUUUUUUUUUUUUUUUUUUUAUUAAACUUCAGAAUUAAUCAUAAAAGCCAGAAGACUUUUGACAGAGAUUGAGACUGAUGGGUCACUGGUUGGUUAGCUGACAUACUUAAUUGACUAGAUGUGCAGAAUAAAUGACAUGACAUCAGGGUUUAGGGAAAUUGGACUGACUGCUUGACUCCUUUACAUACUGAAAGAAUUUAAAGCCUUACUAGACACGACAUUCAUGAGAAGGUCUAUCCAUCUUAUUAACAGUAUUUUCAAAACUGGGCUAUAACAGAAAAGAGGACCAUAAAUUUAACAAAAUUAAAUUCUUUAACUUGGUGAAACCUCUGGGAAACUGAUGUCCUCAGCAGUAUUAUUCAGUGCAUUUCAGAUGUCAUUUUAGACAAAAAUCCCUUUAAAAAUUGCUCAGCUUAUCCUAACUUGAGGUGACGAUGAAGGCAAUGAGUCUGCCAAGGGCAUCCAAAGACAUGUGGGUAUAACUGCAGGGAGCAUGAGUGUAAGGAAGGGUCACCAAAGGGAAAUAAACAAACCUCUCCCCCAUCUUAAUCCCAGGCUAAAAAUAAAAAAUUAAAAAUUGUGCCCAAAGAGCAGCCCCACCCAGAGCAGCCACUGUCCUUGCCUAAGCCCCACAUAGCAGGGCAUUGGCAGAGACGUAUCAAAAUGUCCCUUCCGACUCCUUGUUAUUAUUUUUGAAACAACCACAUUGGCGAAAAUAAAGCAUGUGUGUGUACAUGCAGUUUGUACUAUCAGCAUUUUGCCUCUGUGUCUAUAGAACUACAGGCAGAUUGUACGAUGAUUUACAGUCUCAGUCAGCCGAUGGAGAAUCAUGAAUACUUUGGACAAGGGUUAAAGAAGAUUUCCACUGUUACUGGCUAAAUAGCCAAUGCGUGGCUCUGUUUAGUAUCCCUGUAGUCACUGUCCCUCAUGAUCAGAUGGAGCUGGAGAACCACUAGAUCAACGGCCAUGUUAAGUAGAUCGUCUCACUAGACUGACAAGUGUUAUCUGAUGGUAGCUGAUGGCAGGUUUAUCUUCUGUAUAUCACACAGAAUGUAUUUCACAUGAUAAAACAGAAUAUGACAAAUAAGUGUUGUGCCAUGAUGGUGUAAAAUCACAUUUUCUGUUUUAUAAUGAAUAGAUGAACCCUGUACUACUCCCAAACUGAAGCAAUCGCAUGGAGAACCUUACAUCGGGCUAACAACUUGACGUUUGAGUUCAUUUGGUAGAUUGCUAUAAAACACCGUCCAAAUAUUUUUACUCGUAAAAGUGAAUGCAAAGGUAAUACAUUGUCACUAGUUCAAAAUACAUCACUGUAUGUUCGAAUGACAGUUUGAAGGGCAUUGCUGUAAAUACACAAUCAUUCUGAAUAUUUGAGCUUAAUAUAUAAACAUACUGAAUCAUUCCAAAGAGAGGAUAUGUGGUC